AUGAAUCGCUUCCCCGAACCCCUCGAUUGGGGCGGUUUCAUAACAACUGUCAUUUCAGUCAAUACCUUCUGGUGGAUCUGGGACAUUCCCCUGAUAUGGCAGAGGGGAUUUCGCGCAUACAUCGACGCGAUUACCUGGGAAUGUGUUCGACUUUACAUGCCUUCCGUCGCCGCGGCAUUUGCAAUUUAUCACACAAGCGAUCGCGCUCGCUGGCCCAAGCUCUACUAUUUCGGCGGCCGCGAUGAAGCACUCACUGAAAGUAUGACCGAUGCGGAGGUUAUGAGGAUAGUGGUGACGGACUCGCUAAACGUGACUGCGACAGUUUUGACGCUCUCCCAAUUGUUCAUCAAGGGUUCGGAUAUGCUAUUCAACACGGCACUAUGGGCGUUUCCGAGCCUUCAAGUGUCGCUGAUCGGUAUUUGGAUUGUCGGUUCCUCGUAUACCAUAAAACGCCCGAGACAGCAUAUUUUCAUGGGUGGAGCUGUCUUAAUCCUUCUGAUCGGCUCCUGCACCGGAGUUAUCUUAAUGUCUUCGACUGUGACAAAAAUCCAAGCGUGGCUACCGGCAACUAUGCUGUUCAUUUUCAUGGCGACACCUUUUUGCCUGUACUUGUCGGAAAUUCUUAUAACUUCAGUUGUGCUGGUUGCGAUUAUGGGCCGAGUUGGAGGUCUGGCGUUUACUGCAUUACUUCCAGGGUAUUUCGUGCCAUCACCUUAUAUCAAACACCCAGUGUUUGGAACUGCCUACCUGGUCAUGGGAAUUGCGGGGGGGAUCCUUGCGGUUUAUGGCAGAUUUCGACUGAAGCAUAUCUGCCUGGUCCUGCAACAGGGGGAGACUCCUCGAAUUGGAGCUUCGCUUAUGGAGGGAAUGUCGACACUCGCCACCUUUCGGAAACGGCUACGUGACAAACGCCGACGAAAAUAUGUUCUCGAGAAGGAUGGAAGGGCUGUGCCGCAAGGAUGUACAAGAUGGUCCCAAAGGCACAGCGGGACUUACCAACCGAUAAUACAACAACCAGAGAGGGCUUAUUGUUCCGAAUUAAUGGCUGAUGAGUAUCCUCGGCCCCAACCUCGAACGGUACAUGACUCUCCAGACGAGGAAAUCCGAAGAAAUGCAUACUCACACAAGACGCCCAAAGAAGUGAUACAAGUUAUCGAAUAUCCCACAUUUUCCGAAUCUAUAGAAUCUGUGUUUUUCUCUGAUCGGUCCCGGGCACGGUCGCCGCCAAUAAAGCGGAAACCUGUCGGGAGCGAUUCGCAGAGGAGGAGGGAGCGAAGGCGGGGUGGCGAUGAUGAGAAAUAUAUAACAAACAUAUCUGGCUUAUUUCCGCAGAUACAAAAACCAAAACCAGUGGUAUGCGUGCCACACAGCAAUCGUAUACACAAUGGCCAUAAUCAUAAUAAGAAUAACUCAAACCGUGCAUUAUCACCACGGUCGGCGAGCGAGGAAUUCUCAAAGAAGCGCAGAGCGCGAUACUUUGAAGGAGACGCCGGAAGAAUACAUGUGGGACUGCAACAGCAGCAGCAGCAGCAGAAAUGCCGUCUCGCGCAACACCCUUUGCAUUUUGGGAUGGGGAUCGAAACCGUUGCCGAAACCGCCCUCGCCCAGUGGCAUGGCUAA